CGUCUUCUGCACACCCAUGGGUCUGGUGUAUGCCCCCUUGAUGGUCUUAGGAUACAAGAGAGGCUGGGGAGAAACUACUUCUACUAGUACAGCCCACAUUACUACAGCUAAUCCUAAAAGCACUCAUCUUCUACCUGAUCUCUUAUCAACUCCUUUGCUAGAACGACCCUCGACGAGUUGUAAGCAUAGCCAUCACAUUCGGAGACAACAGGAACGAUUUGCGACCUUGUUUGGACCUAUACUAGGAAAUACGGCCUUUCUCAUAGGACAACUAGUUUUUGGUUUCUCGUGUAUGGCCUUUUCGAUUUACCAAGGAGUAGAAAAAGUAGUUUCGUUAUGGGAUACAACUGCCUCGUAGAGAUUUCAAGUUUUUCAUCACAUAGUUCCACUUAAUGUAUACUCGACCGAGUCGUGCAUUCUAUUUCAAGUACUAACUUGUCCUCUACAACUUGUUCUUCUUGAUGGAAGGUUUCUAUGGCGUGACUUCUAUCUUUUGUUGUACAUUUCUUAUCCAGAAUGUGCUUGCAAGAGGAGAAAACAUGAAAAGAGGGCUAAAUCAUGACUGCUAAAAAUCAUGAGGUACUAUUGGACCGAUAACAAAAACAAAUGUUGAGAAAGUCGUUUUGGUUUUCAACAAAGGCAAUGACUACGCGCCCCAUGCGUGAUUCUCUCCUGUUGGCGAUCGGUGG